AUGCCGAAAUAUUGCGCUGGCUUCGAGGAUCCUGCAGGCGGCGAAGCCAGACCAUGUCUGUUUGCCCGGGACGGAUUCGGCGGCCCUGCCCAGCCGACCGGAAAGCGUUGUGUGCUGUGCUGUGUUGAAGCUUUGCACCGGACGCUCUCUUCCCGUGUGGGCAAAGGGAACUUGCAAAGGCUCCUGAAGCAUUGGCGAUGCGUCAAAUCGCCGGUGUACGAAGCUGCCUUUGAACUGGGCUCGCUCUGUGCGCUAUCUGUCAGCGAGCAGCACUUGCUUCGCACAAAAGCGGGAGAAGAGAGCAAGUUGGAGAAGCGGAACAGUUGGCUACACAAGAAGAAGCAACGCUUGAGACAUUUCUUGAAGGGCAAGCCGAUCCCUGCUGCCAGCCCAAGAAUCAGUGAAGGCAGUCGCAAAUAUCUGCGAGACGCUGCUUGCCGAGACAGCCAAGGUUGGCGCCAGCAUUGGAUCUAUUUGCAGUAUCGCAAGCAGGAGCCCUUUGCCAACAUCAAAACGAACUGCAAAAGAUGCACAUACUGGAGUGGCAAGCCUGCAAUUGUGCGGGGUAAACGCCGCGCAUGGUGGAAAGUCCGGCGUGCCUUGAAGGCGAAAUAUUUGAAUUCCAUGGCAGCAGGACCUCCUUUCUACGACGCAAGCUUAAAGUGGGCAAUGGAGGAGGGCUUAUUGCAGGCUGGCACCAUGGUACCUCUAUCCACGGGGAUCGCAUAUCGACACCAGCCGAGGUGGUGCUUCUUGACUGACGCCGGCGAUAGCUUGUACUUCGAAGGCCUCGAAGAUCGCCUGGAUUUCCAAACGCAGCAGCUCCUAAGCGCAGAGGCUUCCAUCAACAAUGCUCUUGGGAAGACGGAAUUUCUUAUUGAUGCAUCGGAGACCUCAAGCCUGUUGACGGAGCGCGGCUACGACUGGUACCAGCACAUGCUGUCGUAUGAUCAAGUGAUAUUCUCUCCACUGUACAUCAGCAACAUGCUGGCGAGGAUAGGCUUGAAGCUGCAACUCCUGCGCAACGACGACAAAUGGCCAACAACAGCCAAGGCACUGCUACAGAUCCGUGGAACGCGAGGGAGAAACCACAAGGAGUACUGGGCCGCGCUGAGAUCUUUUGAAGGUAGGAUUUACUUGCUAGACGUUUUCCAACCAAAGCCUGUCUUGAUCGAGAACCUGCCAUUCAGUUUCACAAUGUACCGCACCUAUGCAAUGAUCCCUCUAUGGGACUAG